GUGGCCCCAGAUGGCUUCGAUGUCUCCAUGAUGCAGCACGAGGGCUCCAAGAAAGAGAACUUCCUGAGCAUCUACGACCAGUGCGAGUACGCGUACACCUUCCACGUGGCCGGGAAGCACUACUCUGCCAACCUCAAGUACAAGCUAGCGUGCAACCAGACUGUGUUCAUGAUCGGGCGCAAAGCGUACCUGAAGGAGGAAUUCUGGUAUUCAA